AUGGCCAAGAUCAAAGAGGCCGAAGCGCGCGGCGGCAAAACCGCCAGCUUCAAGUUGGGCGCUGUGGGCGGUCAAGAGGCUCAGGAGGAUGCAGCUCUUAAUUCCCUUCCACCGGGUGUAAGCGUCAAGGUUGGCGAAGCGUACACAAAAGUGGGGAUGCUGCUUUCGCGCUACAAGUCAGGUCCACUGCCAAAGGCUUUCAAGAUCAUCCCAUCUUUACCCAACUGGGAUGCCAUCUUGUACCUCACAAAUCCCUCCGGAUGGACCUCUCACGCGACGCUUGCAGCAACACGAAUUCUUUGCAGCAAUUUGAAACCUUCGCAGUCGCAACGCUUCUUCAAGUACGUAUUGCUACCCAAAUUCAGGGAGCAGGUUCAAGACACCGGAAAGGUCACUCCGCAGGUCUUCGAAGCUUGCAUCAAGGCUGUCUACAAGCCGGCGGCUUUCUUCAAGGGACUUCUCUUUCCGUUAGCAGAGGCUGGCUGCACGCUCAAAGAAGCAGCCAUCAUGUCGGCCGUCCUGUCUCGUGUUUCUAUACCCGUGCUACACUCCGCUGCAGCGCUCUUGCGUCUUUCGGAGAUGCAUUACAGAGGACCAACGUCUCUUUUCAUCCGAACUCUGCUCGACAAAAAGUACGCUCUGCCUUACAAGGUCGUCGAUGCGCUUGUCUUUCACUUCUUGAGAUUCUCCGAUCCUGAGAUGGGAGUAGAGAAGAAUGAUGACGGCGAGAAGAGGAUGCCGGUGCUGUGGCAUCAGAGCUUUCUAGUCUUCUGUCAAAGGUACAAGCAAGACCUGACGCCAGAUCAAAAAGCGGCUCUUUUGGAUCUGCUGCGCGUGCAAAAGCACGACUCUAUAGGACCAGACAUCAGGAGGGAAUUGACGACUGGGCACGCGCGCGGAGAAAUGCUCGACGAACCCAUCGAUGAGGACAUGGACGAUGCCAUCAGUCUCUAA